UCUCCUGCUUAAAAGCGCGCGCGACCUCGGCUAUUUAUUUGACGCGCGAAGUUGUUCGCGGGGUCUCAUCGCACCUGGGAGGAUUCGAUACACUCCAUUCAAAGACGCCGGGUGGAGAAAUCUUCUUGACUCCAGUGUCAUUGCAGUAGGAAGACAAAGAUCCACCCUGGCACCCGGCAGCAUUCCGUCUAAAGGGGAGGAGGACUUUCUGACUCUGGCUGCCUCUCGGCUCAGCCGCUGGAAGUGUGUCAUCGGAGCCGCCGUGGGCGUGGCCAUGGUCCUACUCCUCCUGAUCGCCAUCCCUUUAUUGGUCCACACCGCCAAAGGUGGAGGAGCUAACCCAGGAAGUGGCGGAGGGGGGACCCAUUAUGAGAUGCUGGGGAGCUGCAGAAUGGUCUGUGAUCAAUAUAGUACUGCCCAACCAGGCCAGGAGCUGACAGCCGUGUCCCCCCAACCGGACUACCCUGGGCGGAAAAAAACGGGGUACCGCGGGGUCCCUGGGAUUUCUGGUCCUCCGGGUGACCCAGGGCCCCCUGGGGAACCAGGCAAGCCAGGCCCACAGGGGCCUCCCGGCCCUGGACCUAAUGGUUACGUCCCCUCCUUCUACAGCCCUAAGAUUGCCUUCUAUGCAGGGCUAAGGAAACAGCAUGAGGGCAUCGAGGUGUUGAAGUUUGAUGAUGUGGUGACCAAUGUAGGGAACUACUAUGAGCCUAGUACUGGGAAGUUCACCUGUCCUCUACCAGGUAUUUACUACUUCACCUACCAUGUUCUGAUGAGGGGUGGAGACGGGACCAGCAUGUGGGCCGACCUGAAGAAGAACGGACAGGUGAAGGCCAGCGCCAUAGCCCAGGAUGCGGACCAGAACUACGACUACGCAUCCAACAGUGUGAUCCUGCAUCUGGACGUGGGGGACGAGGUGUGUGUACAGCUGGACGGGGGAAAGGUCCAUGGAGGAAACACCAACAAAUACAGCACCUUCUCUGGGUUCCUCAUUUACCCCGACUGACCCUGAUCAACCCCCCCCCACACACACACUGAAAGGAUGAAAGGACAUAGACUGAGUGUGUGGUUUUUGAAAUUAAGGAGUGUUUCAUGAGUGUGUUGAGUGUUAUUAAGCCAAUCAUGACCAAGUAUGUUUAUUGACCCCUUGUGUGUGAACAUAUGAAUAUUACAACAUGUACAGAAUAGGUACACAAGGUUGCAUUGGGAAAUAUACAGCAUAUGCCAUAUGUACCGUCUACUAAACAUAGUGAGUUGGACAUACAGUUUAACCAAGAUAAUCAGUCCUACCCAUGCAUUCAGCAUCUUGAGUGGGACCAAGGUCGGGAGUGUUUUGAAUCAAUACCAGGUUAGCACACUGAGCUAGAGCCAAUCACAUCCCCUAGCUAGCUGUUUAAAAAAAUAAUAGCCCUUGCUGUUUCAAAAUAAAAGUCCCCUGCUGUUUCAAAAUAAAAGUUCAAAGUACAGUAUGAUCCCUGCUGUUCAUAAUCUAAGACGGAACUGCUUUACUGUUAUAGUAUUCUUUUUAAUUAUCAAUUGUUUAUUUAUUUAAGUUAUAAAAAUACCAAACAAGGAAGGACACAAAAACUGAUAACAAAAUAAAAUGAAGACAGCAUUCAAAGCAAACCCAUCUGUUUAAGCACAGAUGGUUGACCUUCUAUAACCAUCAGACCAUGAGGCUAGGGGAGGACGGAAGGAGAGGAGUAGAAUACAAACACACGCACAACAUACACACACAUACAGUACACACACACAUACAGUACACACACACACACAAACACACACACACACACACACACACACACACACACACACACACACACACACACACACACACACACACACACACACACACACACACACUGAAAUGGCAACAAACACAAAAGACUGGACUGAGUGGGUGAGCAUGUGGUUUUACAAUUACGUGUUUUAUGGGUAUGUGAUGAGAGAGUUGUGUGUUGAAGCAAUCAUCAUGACCAAGUGGAUUUCUUAACCCCUCCUGUCUGUUUACAUUUCAGAGUGUGCACAAGUAAGGAUAUCAGAAAAUGUACAGGGCCCGACUUCCCAAAAUCAUCUCAAGUAUAAAUUCAUUGUUAAAACCUUAGUGUGAGCAUCGUAAAAAUCUUCAAGCUGUUUUCCAAAACCGUCGUUAUUAACGUUGCACGUGAAAACGCUCGUAAUCUAUGGCAUGCCUCAGACCGCCCAUAGAAAGCCAAGUGCGGCGUUAGAUGCUUUUUGGCCUCCAGCGUAACUUUAUACACAGAAGAUCUCCGCUAAACAUAGAAUCACAUGGUUAACACUACACAUAUAAAGUUGCAAUUGUCUUUGCAAUUGAUACAAACAAGCGAGGUAUAAAAAAUAUUAUUCAAAUUAAAACCAGAUGACUCCGUUAAAAUAUUGAUACAGUAGGCUUAUUAUAGGCCUAUGUCAAUUGAGUUAUAUUUUACUACUGUAGGGUACUGUCUGUAAUUUGUCUCAAUAUAGUUAAUGAUGGUAGCCUAACGUGCUCAAUGAUGUGCCCAAAUCUCGAUUUAGUGCAUUAUUAUAGGGUAAGCAUUAGAAUAAGACGCCUCGACAUUUGCAGCCGUAGUUGAUCAUAUCUGUCUAGGAGCUGAUCCGUCGUCAGAAUUGUGGAAUAAUUCAAACGUUAAGGUAAGACUUAAAUGGAGAAAGCUGAUCCGAAACCAGCGUUUAAUUUCUUUCGAUCCUAUCAGUAUCGACACAUGCCUCAACGACAGACAGCGAACGUUUUCUCUGCUUGUUUUUUUUUUAGGUAUGUUACAUCUCCAAAACACUCGUAAACCCAAAUCCCAUCGCUAUCGGGAAAAUUGGGCGCAGUAUAGGUGCACUAACACUUGGUACAUCGAAUUAUCCAGCAUAUUCCAUGUCUCUCUUCUACUUACAUUGUGAACUGUACAUAUAGUAUAACCAAGAUCAUUAGUUCUACCCAUUACACAUUCGGAGUGGCACGAACUGGUUAUUAAAACCGGAUUCUGAGUGUGUGAUGCAAGAUCGUGUUAGCCCACUGAGCUAAAGCCCGAGGCGUUAGCUUUGGGAGCUAACAUGAGUUUUUAGUAUUAUGUAAAACCAUCUGAUGUGUAUAAACACUACUCUACUCUCUGUACCAUUGGGAUGAAAGCCUGACAAGCUUUCGCUUCCAAGUUGUACACGGAAUUACUAUUAAAAUAUAUAUAACAACAA